AAGAUCAAAAAGUUCAAGGUAAUAUCAUUAUCUACACAGUAAGUCAUGUAUUCAUAGUGGGUGAACACGUGUAAUAUAGUAAAAUAUGAAAUUCAUAAUUAUUUUAGUUAUUUGCUCAAGUGCAUACGGUAAAGUUAUUUUAAGCAAUGACAUUACUGACCUAAACACUACGUCUCACAUAGACUUGCCAACUUAUAAGCCACCAGUGGAUACUAAUGUAGAACCAAAAUGUGAUAGUGUUAACGACAUAGAUGGCAUGCUGGAAUGUCCGGAAGUUAAAAUAGUAGACAAUGGAACUGCAUUAAUUCUAACGCCUUACAUAAAAAAGGAACAAAUCGCAGAAGCAAGAAACCUCAGUGAAGUUGACCCAAAACUUUUUGCAGGCGUUAAAAGUUAUACUGGCUUUUUUACUGUGGAUGAAAAUUAUGAUUCAAACUCGUUUUUCUGGUAUUUUCCCGUGGAAGGAAAACAAGUUAAUGAAACUCCGUGGAUUAUUUGGCUUCAAGGUGGUCCCGGUGCCUCGAGUCUUACGGGUCUGUUUGAAGAGGUGGGACCCCUAAGAGUCAGCCCAUUGGGGGCAAUUAAACGUAACCCGUUUACAUGGAUUCGAAACCACUCAAUAUUAUUUAUUGAUAAUCCCAUUGGAUGCGGAUAUAGUUUUACAAACCACCCGGAUGGCUAUGUCUCGAAUAUGACGACGUACUCCAAACACUUACUGAGCACUGUGACGCAGUUUUUACAAGUUUUCCCCGAGUUGCGAUCAGCGCCAUUGUAUAUAGCUGGUGAAUCGUAUGCAGGGAAAUAUGUCCCUGCGUUGGGCGUUGAAUUACACAGAGCGAGAAGAGAUGGAUUACUAGAUGUAAAUUUACAGGGAUUCCUCAUAGGUAACGCGUACGUUGACCCGUCUAUGAUAAGGAACGUGAACCGUCUUUUCUAUUACGUGGGUUUAGUGAACGAAGAACAGAUGAAAGCCAUCGAACCACUGAUGAAAGCCUUCCAAGCAGAUAUCGAUGCAAAAAACAGUGUAGCUGCUAAAACUAAAUGGAUGCAAAUCGUAACAGUUCUGCUGCUUCUAACGCAUCAACCACAAGCGUACAAUUUUCUCAAAGACGAAUUAACGUUUGGAGGAUAUACACAAGUUUUAAAGUCUUCUGAAGUAAAGAAGGCCAUCCAUGUGGGAGAUAUAAAAUACAGCUUCUUGAAUUUGACAGUUAACAACAAAAUGGCGCCUGAUUUUUUGAGCAGUUCACAGAAUUUGUUUGAGGAGCUAUUGGAUAAUGGAUACAGGGUUUUGUCGUAUUGCGGCCAUUUAGAUCAACUUCUACCGUGCAUAUCGUCAGCUGAAAAUCACCGCACGUGGCAAUGGAGAGGAAAACAAAAAUUCAUAGACUCUCAAAGAUAUCCGUUUAUGUACAACCAGAAACUUGCUGGGUGGUACAAAAGUGGGGGCAAUCUGACCGAGGCUGUGAUUCGUGGGGCUGGGCAUAUGGUACCCACAGACCAACCAGGGAGGGCCCAACACCUCGUGACCAACUGGAUAUACAAGCGACCACUUGCAAGAAUAAAUACGUUUCCAGAACAAUUAUACUUAAAUGAAAUUUUCAAAAAUAUAACAUCACACUCUUGAUUAUAUCCAACUAGAUAAUAAAAUAAUUCACAACAGACUAGCUUAUUUUAAAAACCUUCAGAACUUUGUAAAAUGUAUGGUCUUAAGUUUCCAGUGUCUGUCUCUUUAUAUAGUAUAUAUAUUAAAGAGUGUAUAUAUAACUUGAUGCGCUACAAGUUCUUAGCAUCAUAUUUCUAUAUCUGUUACAUAAACGGUUUUUCAUAGACAAGUAGGUGGUUGUUGACUCUUGGACAUACUGGUUUCCUCGAAGGAGUGUUAAAUACGCACCUGAGCGAACGAGAUUUUAAUAUACACAUACAUAUAUAUAUGUGUGUGUUUUUAUUUUUGUUAUUUUAUAGGUAUGUUGUUAAUAUGUACUUUUAGAAUAUUUUUCAAUUUGUAAAAAGAUUUUAUUUCUCUUAAAAAUUUUAUUGAGUUUUCCUUGUUUGUAUUAAACGUAAUUUAUCAAUAUUUCUUAAUGAAUAUUUUAUACUUAUCUGAUUUUUGUGUAUAGGAUAGAUUUAUAUGAAUUAAUUGGUUGAUAAUUUUGUAUAUUAAAAUUGAGGUAUUGUAAACACUGUCUGGUUUACACUCAUAAAUUUGGUAUCUCUGCAAGAAAUACCAAAUUUAUGAGUGUUAACCAGACAAACGAUUUUCUAGGAUAUCCGCCAUAAAAUUAUUGAAUACGCUCCCUGAUUCCGUAUGAUUAACUACCUCUCUAAAGUCUUAUACACUUCUUAAGCCAAAACCAUUCCAUCUGUUUAAGCGUAAUACUGAGAUUUUUUGUCAUUAUAAAUAUAUUGUUUUUACGUAUUUGAAAACCUAGCAUUGUGAUUCAUGAUUAGAUUUUAUUUCGCUUUUAUAAUGGGUACGUCAACAUCUAAAAAAAAAUUAAAUUAUGCACUUUACCCGUAGUAUUUCUUUUUCCUUACUAGUUACCUGGAAGAGAUUGCUUACGAGCGAUAAGGCCACCGUCGACUUCUUAAUUUAAGCUAUCUGAAUGUAGUACCAAAUAUGUAAUGCAAUAAAGUGUUGUUAAAUAAAUAAAUAUAAAAUAGG